UUUGUGAUUAUUUGUUAUCUAACUUUAAUAGUUAUUAUUGAAAACUAUUUCCAAGGGUCGUUAAAGAAAGAAGAAAAGAAUUUUGUAGAUUAUUACUCGGUCAUAAAUAUAUCUGCAUUGAACAAUUGUAAUGUAGCUGUGCAGCACCUGAAUUCAUUCUGGGGGGGAAAGUGAACAGAGUCGGUAGCAUCUUUAAAAUCUGCGGCCGAAAGCGGCUUCAGUCUGCGGCUGAUGAUCUCACUAACAUACAGUUGAGUUUGCAGUGGGAAGACUUUUAUUGAGGUAGCAAUCUUCAUGUUAUUGUUGUUUUUAAUUGAUUAAAAACUGAUAGUCGACGCAAGUUUUUUUUUUUUUUGCUGUGUAUAUGGAAUUUAUACAUGCAUGUAGGUUAUAUGGAUUCAGGCUCAUAUAAAUUUAUUUAUUUUGACACUGCAAUUGUACACCAUAAUAAGCAAAGGCCAUACAUAUUUCGAGACUUUGCGAGAGCUGAGAAAUGUUGCGAAAUGUGUCUAAUUGCACGCGCUGGGAAAUAACGCUUUUAAUUUAUCCUCUAUGUGGCACUUUUCUUGCAUGUUGAAUUUUUUUUAUGCAAUGCAACUGGUAAUUAUUUUUCUCUUAGGUUAACUUGUGUUGGUGUUGAAACCUCAGAAACCUAAGACAUGAUGUUUAUAUAUAGGCUUGCUGCAUGUGUCCUCACAUACGCGCGUGCUAACGGACACGAAUUCUCCAAAUGGCCGCGCGCUAAUUUGCACCAAUUCCAAACUGCUGAGGAGGUUCAUCCGCGCGCCACAGGGUGAAACUAAAAAUACUAGCCUGGUUAUCUUCGUGCGGAAUACUUCUUAUGGAUUCUUUCAUUUUAAUAUGACGAGAAUUGAUCGUAGCGUUGUUCUUAUCGUACAAGUGGCCUAUGCAGAAUUUCACUUUAAAACAGUUGUUGUUUUUGCUUUGUUUUUCAUGCUUUAAUUCAGCAUUACAUCCAGUUUAUUAUGAUACAAAAUUUACUGCUACUUUGGGACGUUUUUUUUUUUUUUUUUACUGAGAAGUUGCAUUCUUUUUUGUGUCAUGCUGUAUUAGCUUGACAUCUCUUAUUACCGUGCGGAAUAACCGCGCGCCCCGUGCUGAUCUGGGUGUAGAUUUGGUAAUUAUAAUAUAUGAUUGGCUCGUAGGGGCUGGCGGGGGAGGUGAUGGGGAACUAUGUGGAGCAUGUGCAGCCGCAAUGUGAAAAUGAUCACAAUGCCGUGACUGCGCCGGUUUCAGUGCUGAGGAGUGAUGGUGCACUCAGCCCUGCGGGUUGCCAGAUCACUAUCAUAUCCUCCAAUCCUACAGAGGUGUAAACUUUCCUAAUCCGUUUUAAACCAUAACAAAUAGUUACAGAGGUACAUAUGAGUUAAACCUUCUGAAUCCAAACAAUAUAAUAUACACCAUACGACAACAAUUUAUUUUAAAUGUCCAAUCUGGCAACCCAGUGGCUGCUCAUUUUACCACAUAAGGGCGGCACGCGCGCCGCGAGGGGAGGAGGGCGACGCUCUGCGCUCUGCGUUCCUAUUGGUCGCAAGCUCUGGUGAUUGGCACGCGCCUGUCCGGCCUCUUCCAGGCCCUGGUUAUUGGCGCUUUAACCGGUGUCGGUCGCUGCCUCUCGGUGUCCGCGCGCGCGUACUGACAGAUCAAACGUGAGCGCUUCGAAAACUACGUCUCAGCUUCAUUUUUUCUCGUGCUUCUGUUUGAUGUCCGUUCUUGAAGGUGAAUAAAUUCUGACUCGGAUUGAUCGCAGCUGAAGUGGAUGCGCUCUGGGUACUUUUUAUUUUUAUUUUAUUUUUUUUUUAAUAAAGCAUGGCCGAGAAGCGGCGGUCUCCGUGCACCAUGAGCCUGAAGGCGCACGCGUUCUCUGUGGAGGCGCUGAUCGGCGCGGAGAAACGGAGGAAACUCGAAGACGAGGAUAGCGAGAGCUGUUUUGGGGAGGUAAACGAGGUCGCGAGCCUGGCCGGGAGCGCGUGCGGCGGCGGGCGGAACUGUGACACGGACUGUGAUGCUUCCCCGGAGUGUGAGGAUGUGAGCUCGGACAGUCCUCGGCCUGCGUCACGGAGCUCGCAGCUGCUCGCGUCACCGCCGCCGACAAGCGCGCGAGCCGCGGACGAGAUGCGCGUGGAGCUGCAAGGCUCGGAUCUGUGGAAACGCUUCCACGACAUCGGCACGGAAAUGAUCAUCACCAAAGCAGGCAGGCGAAUGUUCCCUGCAAUGCGAGUGAAAAUUACAGGACUGGACCCACAUCAGCAGUACUACAUCGCAAUGGACAUCAUACCUGUAGACAAUAAACGUUACAGAUAUGUGUACCACAGUUCCAAGUGGAUGGUGGCAGGAAAUGCGGAUUCACCCGUACCCCCACGUGUGUACAUCCACCCGGACUCUCCUGCUUCUGGUGAGACGUGGAUGCGACAGGUCAUUAGCUUUGACAAACUCAAGCUGACCAACAACGAGCUGGACGACCAGGGCCAUAUCAUUCUACACUCCAUGCACAAGUACCAGCCGCGUGUCCACGUCAUCCGUAAAGAGUGCGGUGACGAGCUCUCACCCGUUAAGGCCGUGCCGACCGGCGACGGCGUGCAGGCCUUCUCCUUUCCUGAAACGGUGUUUACCACGGUCACGGCCUACCAGAACCAACAGAUUACAAGGCUGAAAAUAGACAGAAAUCCAUUUGCGAAAGGAUUCAGAGAUUCAGGGCGAAACAGGAUGGGUCUGGAGGCUCUGGUGGAGUCGUAUGCUUUCUGGAGGCCUUCACUCAGAACGCUGACGUUUGAGGAUAUACCAGGAAUGGCAAAGCAAGGUGCUGCAGGCUCUCAUGGAGUGGUUGGGUCUUCGGCACACACACACUUACUCACUACAUCCUCAUGCUCCUCCCCAGCAUUUCACCUGGCCACAGGGGCGGGGCCCGUGUGUGACUACUCAGCCUGCAGUCGAACCGGCCAUCCUCUUCACCGAUUCGCCACGCCCCUCACUGCAGACUCGUACAGCCGAUUGGCCAGCCCUGCAGCCGACGCCUUUUCCUCGAGCAGAAACCCUGCUUAUGUGGGCGGGUCAGACGGAGAGGCGUUUUCCUGCACACAGACUGGCCUUCCGAUCCAGAUCCCCGGUAUGCCUGGUCAUGCCCCCCAGCUCCAGUAUUUCAUGCCCAGCCCUGCUCACAAUGCCUUCUCCACCAAUCAGAGCGCACAGAGCUCGUACAACGGCUUCCGUCUCCAUAGUCCGUAUGGCCUUUAUGGAUACAACUUUUCCACCUCACCACGAUUGGCUGCUAGUCCAGAAAAGAUGGCUGCCACACAGAGCUCGGUCCUGGGCUCGUCCCCAAGCGGUACUUUGACAGACAGGCAGGUUCUGUCCCCUGUGGAUGGUCUGCACAUGCUCAGUGGGAGUCAACAAUCUCUCUUUGACUCACGGACAUUAGGGCUGACAAGUUCCACCUCUCAGGUCACUGCCCACAUGGCUUGAGCUAUGAACUUUGACCUCCCCACCAUGACAUGGACACAAACAGGUGGCCAAAGCAAUCUGGAAGUCUCUCAAAGCUCUCUUUAUUGGACAGUACUAUGAGAUUGUUGACAAAGGUAAGGAAUGGCAUGCAGUAACAUGCAGUAUUGAGGAAGUAUUUAAUGGACCCAGAAAGCCAAAGGAGGAGACUGUGUACUAUUUCUAGCAUUAUUGUUACCUGGAGAUUACAGUGAGACCUUAAGUGUUGCCUCUGCGGGAAAAAAUAAAUAAAUUCAUAUCUCCUACUGGGUUAAAAAGCUCAUGCACUGAUAGCCAUGAGAUUGGACUUUAAAUGGUUUAGGUGUGGGCGUCUAUCCAUUGAAAAAACAUUUCUGCCGUCAACUAGGACAGAGCUGAACAUGGACAGAGCAAGACUGGACACCACGUCUGCCUUAAAAAGUAUUUUAAACGUUUGGGGAGCACUUCGCUGUCUCUUUACCGCACACACACACACUUUUUGGUCAUACUCUCUCAGAACUAGAGGCCAAAAUUGGACUUCUCCAUACUGUUAGUACAGCGAACAGUGCCUAUUCAUCUGAGUGAGUUUCCAAGAGAGACUCCUGGUAUGAGCUGACCCAGAAUCCGAAUUAGCUUCUUACCAACUGAGCAGCCGGGAGCCCGUGAGACCAGAAAGAGGAGGUGGCCAGCAUCACAGCAUAACCGGGCUUUUAGUUAGGAAACAAAUAAAAUGUGUAGUCCCACUGGAAUCGAGCUUUGAGCUUUGGCUGCCAGUGUAUUUGGUACUCUUUUUUUUUGGUAUUAGCAGAGCUUGCAAACAGGAAAUCAGCAGUAGUCUGUAUGGGGUUUAGAGUCGGAUGCCCAGAUUUAGCGACUCCACUGCUUAUGGCCUGAAUGACUUCCAGCUAGCAUCAUAGUUUAUGAGGCUUAAACUGAAAUUGGAAAGGUAAAGCAACAGAGAGGGAAAAAAAAUACUAGAACUGUGGCCCUUAUUUACCAAGCAGCAAUGUAGAAAUUUGAUCUGCACUUCUCUACUGAGAUGAUUUAGAGAUAUAGGCCACGGCAUUGUUCAACACACGUACAGUUACAAAUGCAUGCUCUGGCAACCUCCGACAGGCUUCUUGGCUUAUCCUGGGUCAGCUUUUAGUACCAGUGAACUGGAGCUGAAAUGUUAACGCUUCAGUUAUUCAAACACGUUUUUUUUUUUCCUCUAGCAGACAUACUGUAUUAGCUUUCAUAUGUCUGUUUUUUUUAAGCAAUUCUGUAUAAAUAAGGGAAAGAUUGAUAUUAAUGUUAUUGUUGGACAAUUUCACUCAUGCACUUACAGCAACCUUUUUUUUUUUUUUUUUUUUUUCUUUGAUGUUUGUUAAGUGGCCAAAAAUUGAUACUUUGGAAAUUUUUUGGCCUGGGAAUUACAAACAAACCCUAUUGAGCCAAAUAAAACAUAUGCAUAUUGUACAAAAUAAUAAGAGUAAGAGGUUUUUCAGUGUUAAUCAAUGUAUGUAACUGACAGCAUAUACCCCUGUGUGGAAAUCUCUCUAUAAUGUGUGUGUGUGUGUGUAUAUAUAUAUAAUUUUUUGUCAUAUAUUUACGUAUUUAACUUUUAAUAUACAACCCCAAUUUCAAAAAAGUUGGGACGCUGUAUAAAAUGUAAAUAAAUGUAAAUAAAAACAGAAUGCCAUGAUUUGAAAUCUCAUACACCCAUAUGUUAUUCAAAGUGGAACAUAGAAAACAUUUAAACUGAGUAAAUGUAUAAUUUUAAGAAAAAUUAUAAGGUAAUUUUGAAC